CGAGCUGGGACGCCGCUCGGUGCAGCGGCUGUUCCGACGGCGCGCGAGUGGGCAAGGCGAGGGCGGCGACGGGGCGAGGCACGUGGUGGGCGCCGCCCUCCCGGUGACUCUCCCCGUCCUCGUGCGGGGAAGGGGGAGGAGGAAGGAGCCGGCAGCCGCAGCCGCAGCCCAGCAAGCCAUCUCCCCAGGAAGGUUCGACGGCGGCGCGGCGGCUACCUGGCCUCCUCCCGCCUCGCAUACACGAGGCGCGUCCACGCAGCCGGCGGAAGGCGGGAGGCGGGCGCGGCUCGCUUGGGCACAGCUGCCGCACCGGCUCUUUCGGCACAAGCGGAGAGCGAGGCAGGCAGGCGCCCCAGCAGCCCGCGAAAGCCGGCGGUGAAUGAUCCCGGCUCUCGGAGGCAGCUACGUGGUAGAAAACGGGGGACGCCAUGGAGGUCAAUGCAGGUGGUGUGAUUGCUUACAUCAGCUCUUCAAGUUCAGCCUCUAGCCCUGCCUCAUGCCACAGCGAGGGAUCGGAGAGCAGCUUCCUGUCCUCGUCACCUGUACCGCAGUCACCAAACAGCUCCUCUUCAGACGGCAGCUCUAGCGGCAAGAGCAAAGAGGGCUCUGAUGGAGUACCAAAGAAUGAGCAGUUAGAUGACCGUGUUAAGGCCAGCCAGCCAAGUGUAACUGCAUUGGCCAAGGGUCAUGGUGGACUUACAAAAUUUAAUGGCAUGGUCCUGCUGUGUAAAGUCUGUGGAGAUGUUGCUUCAGGAUUCCACUAUGGGGUCCAUGCCUGUGAGGGGUGCAAGGGCUUUUUCAGAAGAAGCAUCCAGCAGAAUAUCAAAUACAAGAAGUGCCUGAAGAAUAAUAACUGCUCUAUAAUGAGAAUGAAUAGGAACAGGUGCCAGCAGUGCCGGUUCAAAAAAUGUUUGUCGGUUGGGAUGUCAAGAGAUGCCGUUCGAUUUGGCCGGAUUCCUAAACGUGAGAAGCAGAGGAUGUUGAUCGAGAUGCAAAGCGCCAUGAAAACCAUGAUGAACACCCAGUUCAGCGAUCAUUUGUCCAGCGAAGCCUCGAAAGAGAGCCAAGAACCUUUGCUUCUGCUGCCUCAAGAAGAGCUGAGCGCCAAACGGCAAGAAGAGCAGAAAAACGCUGGCGGCUGUUCUUCUUCUUCUCCUUCUCCUGCUCUCCUCCUCCCCCCUCCUCCCCCUCCCCCCUCUGACAUUGCUAAGGAAGAAGUGAUUGGCAUGGUGACCAGAGCCCACAAAGAUACCUUUAUGUACAACCAGGAGCAACCCGAAAACCCUCACACUCCUGGGCAGCCCCAGAAUAUGCAGAGAAACCUAAAAUACAGUGGUGGUAGCGAAACCAAUAAUAGUGGCAUAAGCUGCGCCCACCAUGGUGGGAAUGAACAACAUUUCAUUGGACAACACAAAGGGCGAAACAACAUGCAUUAUCCAAAUGGGCGUAGUAACCUUUGCUUUACAAACAGCCAUUCGGUGAACAUUGCUAAUGGCGCCGCCUCAAAAAGUUGCAAUGGUAGGCCUGAAAGUGGCUUUCCUCACCAUGUGUCUAUGAAUUCCUACCCCUGCAAGCCCGGAGAAAGGAUGCACCUGGUUUGCCCAAUGAACAAGACUCCUUUUGUGGACCCAAAUAAGUCUGGUCAUGAAGUCUGGGAAGAAUUUUCCAUGAGCUUUACUCCUGCUGUGAAGGAAGUGGUGGAGUUUGCCAAACGUGUCCCAGGCUUCCGAGACCUUUCGCAGCAUGACCAAGUAAACCUUCUGAAGGCUGGAACUUUUGAGGUUUUAAUGGUACGAUUUGCAUCCUUAUUUGAUGCAAAGGAUCGCACUGUCACUUUUCUCAGUGGAAAGAAAUACAGUGUGGACGAUCUGCGUUCCAUGGGAGCUGGUGAUCUGCUCAACUCCAUGUUUGAGUUUAGUGAGAAACUAAAUGCCCUGAACCUUAGUGAUGAAGAAAUGAGCUUGUUUACAGCUGUGGUCCUUGUGUCUGCUGAACGAUCGGGAAUAGAAAAUGUCAACUCGGUGGAAGCGUUGCAAGAAACACUAAUCCGCGUGCUUAGGACCUUAAUCACAAAAAACCAUCCGAACGAAGCCUCUAUAUUUACAAAACUACUCUUGAAGUUGCCUGACUUGCGUUCCUUAAACAACAUGCACUCUGAGGAACUCCUGGCCUUUAAAGUUCACCCAUAGGCAUUUACCUCUUUUGUUUAUAGAAUGGACUUGCUUCCUGUCAAUUAACUGUGGUUAUUUCAUGCUAUAAAAUGUUUAUUUAUGUUUGUUUGUUUGUUUGUUUGUUUGUUUGUAUGUAUGUACCUUUUGUGGAGAAGAAGAACUUGCUGUCUGCUGUUCUGUUGCCAUGCAAUAACAACCUUUCGGGUUGACCAUUUUUUCCGUCAGUGACAACAUGGCCACAGAUUUCUUCAUGAUUAUCCAAAAACAGCCCCAUUUGCACUAAAAGUGAAGAGGUUACACUCAAUCUUACGGAUAUUGACUGUUAAUUACUGCACCCUUACAGUAAAGACC